AUGUCAAUACCCCUUUCCGCCCCAUUCAGUCCCAUCGUGGCAUUGCUGAACAUGCCCAGGCGAGACGGAUUUGCAAAAUCGAAUCUCAUGACAACGGGCCCACGCCAUGUCAAUGACCUAAGGAUUUCCUUUGGUGUGGUCUAUAAAGCUAGCCCUUUUAAUUCGCUUGUUUCACUCUGCAUUUACCUCAUGGAUCCAUCUGAGCUUCAGGCGUUGUUGCAAGCAACCACUCAACAACUUGCUGCUCAGACUCAACUGAUUUCCCAGAUGCAAACUCAGGCUGCUUCCCGCGACCAAGCCUACGACACUCUGCUCAAAAAGCUCAAAUAUGUGGGACUACAAUCACCACCUAAGUCGAAGUCCAAAGCAAAAUCGAAGGCUGCAAAGGAUCAACCUGCUGCCGCAAGCUCAUCAAGAGCCCCGCCUGUUCCUUUGCCGUCAAACAAGACUACCGCCACUCCUCGCCCGAGAGUGACAUCCAAACGCCACAGUUCUACUUCCACGCCUAAGAAGUCGCCGCUUCCUGCGAAGUCAACCCCAAAGUCGUCACCAGCUGUUAGAUCUACAAAAAAACAAGCUGGCCCGCCGAUCACUGCAUCCCCCAAACGAAGUCCUCAUCAGGUACUCUCUGGGGAGUUUCCAGAGGAUUAUACACGUACCAAGGAAUGUUUCUUUACGUUUGUUCGAAUCAUAUGGGACUUGGCCGCGGCCGGUUCAGUUCCUGUGGCCCCGGAUCCAGCGCUUCUUACCAAAUUCAAUGCUAGAUUUUCCGACCCCGCUCAAAUUACAGCCGUUGCUGAUUCCUCAAACAGUCAGGAUCUCAUUCCCCAAACUGAAAUCAUCUCUUUGCGUGAAGCCCGAGCUGGCCGUGUUAAAAUCGGUAAGGGGAUUGUAUAUGUGCAGGAUUUCUUCGUUCGAUACUCUCUUGCGAUGUUGGCAAAACUCGGAAUUCGUCGAUGGGCUCCAGAUCUUGACGCUGCUCCGGACUCGAUGUGGAAUGAAGCCUGUCGGCUCAGUGCAAUCAGGAUCUUUCGGAUGUGGGUUGCCGGAAAAGCUUUCCCGAAUGCGAACCCCUACUAUCUUUGUAAACUCCUUUGGAAACACGCCGAGGCGCACAACUUCCCUGCGCGCUACAUCAAAAUGUUGCGCAAAAUCGACGCUCACAGUGACGACGAAAUCGAUGCCCAGCGAGGAAUCCACAUUGUCAAGACACCAAUCUACCGAUCUGAGGCUGCUGGCGUGUUCAUGCGACGUCUGGAUGAACACAUGAAACAUUCCGACAUAAUCAUUAACAAGCGAACUCAAAGACACCCUCGCCUUCGUCCCGCUGCACCAAUCCUCUCUACUUUUACCAGACCCCCCCGAGGCUUACCGCUUGACUUUUACGACUCCGACUGGUGGAACAACACGCUUUCCCAAUCCCAACGGGACAUGAUAGGCGACUGCUUAAAUGUAAUGUUUCUCCCAGAUCCUUCAGUAUCUCUGCUUGGUAGAUCACAUCCGGAUGAGAAGCUUCGCGACCGAAAGUUCACUGAGAAGCACUGGGCCAGGGCGACUAAGGCCUACGACUUAGAACAUCUGAACCUGGGUCACGAUUCAAGUGAUGGUUCCGAGUCAGAUGAUGAAGAAGAUGGAUCUGACGCAGGCACUGUCAUUGAUUUGGAUGACACUGAUGAUGAAGAAGACAAAGAUUUUGAAGACGAAGAAGACAAAGAAGAUAUAGAUGAUGAUGAGGACGAAGAAGAAAGCGAGGAGGAAGAGGAAGAGGAAGAAACUACUAAGAGGAGUAAGGGUAAGGCGAAGGCGAAGGCGAAAGGUAAUGACUGGGCGGAGUCGGAAGAAUUUGAAAAGCCAAUUGGUGGUGGCAAAGGGGAUUAUUAUGUAGACGAUGCAACAAUGGAUGACGAUGGGGAUGAAGAACGCGCACAGAGGUGGGAUGUUUGGAAAAAUGCCUGA